AUGUCAAAUCUGUCAGUCCCUAAGGGCAGAGUUGUGGAGUUCGUGGAUGAUUUUGACACACAAAAUGGUGUCCAAACCAUCACUACUUCAACCCACAAACUUCAACUUAGCAGUAGUAAUCCUAGAAAACAAAGAACCACAGGCUCAAAGGUAGUUGAAGAACUUUAUGCAAUAAUGGAAGUUGUUGCAGACAGAGCUGAAAUGCAUAAGAACAUUGGUGAGCAACGAGAUAAUUGGAACCAUCUUCUUCUAACUUCCAUUAAUGGAAUGACUGUCACUGCGGCAACAAUGGCUGGACUAGCUGCAAUGUGUGGAGGAGAUGGAGCACCCUUUUUGGCUCUAAAGCUCUCUUCCUCUCUAUUAUAUGUAGCUUCCACCGCAGUUUUAAUGGUGAUGAGCAAGAUUCAACCGUCUCAGCUAGCAGAAGAACAAAGAAAUGCUUCGAGAUUAUGCAAACAGCUUCAUGGGGAGAUCAAAUCUAUCAUAGCUCUUCGAAAGCCUACGUCCACGGACGUGAAUGAUGCCAUAGAGAAGGUUCUGUCUCUAGAUAGAGCAUACCCACUUCCUUUGCUUGGUACAAUGCUCAAUAAGUUUCCUAAAAAAGUAGAGCCUGCUGUGUGGUGGCCAAAGCAUAUGGAGGAGCGUGAAAAACAAAGGAGGCCUGUUGGGAGGGUGGGCAAAAAUGGGUGGAGUGUAAAGCUUGAAGAAGAAAUGAGAGAGGUUAGUGCGGUUUUGAAGGAGAAAGACACUGCAGAGUAUUUGAAGCUAGGCAAAGUGGUGUUGAUGGUUAGCAAAGUGUUAGCCAUUAGUGGACCUUUAUUUACUGGUUUAGGUGCUGUUGGGUCGGCUUUUGUGGGUUCACCAUGGCUUAGUUCAUGGCCUGUGUUCAUGGGUGUGGUCUGUGGAGCUUUAGCCACUGUGGUCAACACUUUAGAGCACGGUGGCCAAGUGGGUAUGGUGUUCGAGAUGUACAGAGACUCUGCUGGCUUCUUCAGGCUCAUGGAAGAGAAUAUUGAGUCAACUUUAAGAGAGAGAAACAUGGAGAUGAGAGAGAAUGGGGAAGUGUUUGAGGCUAAAGUGGCUCUUGAACUGGGACGAAGUCUUUCGGAGCUCAGAGACCUCGCAAGUGCUACUUCUUCUUCUUCUUCUGCAAGAAAUUCAGAAGCAAAACAAGAAUUUGCUAGCAAGCUCUUCUGAUAUAUACUAUGGAGUUGUCUUCUGCAUGUCCAGAUC